AUGUGUGAUUCACCACCAACAACGAUACCAUCUGUUUUAAAAAUAAAUAAACAAUGCCCUCCAGAUCAAGAAAUAAAUAUUCUUUUAUUGGGACAAACAGGUGUGGGAAAAUCAACAUUUAUUAAUUCUUUAGCUAAUUAUCUUGUUAAUGAUAAUUUUGAUGAAGCAAUCCAUGAUGAAAUGCAAGUCAUUAUUCCAACUUCAUUUUAUUUUACUGAUCCAGAAACUUUUGAAGAAAAACUAAUAAAUAUUGGUGACAAAAAAAAUUCUAAAGAAAUUAAUGAAAAUGGUCAAUCAUGUACACAGCAAUGUAGAAGUUUUGUUUUUCCAUUUGGUCAGCGAAAUUUACGAUUAAUUGAUACACCUGGUAUGGGUGAUACAAGAGGUUCACAACAAGAUAAUGAAAAUUUAUUUGAAAUUUUAACAUAUAUUUCUUAUUAUGAACAUUUAAAUGGUAUAUGUAUUUUCCUAAAACCAAAUGAAGAACGUUUAACAAUAAUAUUUCGACUUAUUAUUAAACAAAUUCUUCAUUAUUUAGAACCCAGUGUAAGUAAAAAUAUAACAUUCAUCUUAACAAAUGCUCGAUCGACAUUUUAUACACCGGGUAGUUCGAAAAAACUUCUUCAAGUACUUAUAAAUGAAUAUCAUGAUAAAUAUCAUCUUGAAAUACCUUUAUCAAAAGACAAUACAUUUUUAUUAGACAAUGAAACACUUCGUUACAUUGGAUUGUGUAAAGCGGGAAUACAAAUCAAUAAUGAACAAAUUCAAAUUUAUAAGAAAAGUUGGGAUUAUACUAUUAAAGAAUAUGAACGUCUUAUUAUUUAUCUAUGUCAAUGUCCACUUCAUGCUGUUGCAAAUACACUUUCUCUAAAUUCAGCCGAGCAACUCAUUAAACAACUUUCACGUCCAAUUGCUGAAACAAUAAGACUUAUUCAACAAAAUAUUCAACUUGCUAAUGAACAUAAGCAAAAACCUUCGAAAAAAAAGACAAAUGCUACACAUAAAUUACCUCAAUAUAUUGCUAAUAUUGGGCAAAUUAUCCGCCCGAACUUGGUUUGUAUUAGUAAAUGUAGUGUAUGUGAAUGUUCUUGGAAUCGUCAUAUGAAUAUUACAUAUGAAUAUCAAACAAACCUAACUUAUGUUAAUAUGAACGAUAACGCAAGUAGCAAAAACGAUGAUCAUGUAUUGAUACAAAAUAUUCAAGGUUAUAUUGAUAAUUUACAAAAAGAACAAGAAAUGAUUAAAGAUAUUUACAUGGAACUACUAAAAUUUCUUUAUGUCAACGCCAUUCAUCCAUGUAAUAAUGAUAUUGUUGAGUAUCUUAGAUUAUUUAUCCUAGAAGAACAUAUAAAAAGAAAUGCAGGCAUUUCAAACGACGAAAUCAUUGAUAAUCUUACAAAAACAAUGACACAGUAUGAACAUGAUAUAGAUAUUUUAAAAAAGAACUUAGCUAAACAAGACUCCGCUGACGCAAAAGACGUGUUAACAGCUGAGAAAGUAUUUCUUCAAGUUGGUAAUCUAUAUCGCUUACCUAUUAAUGGACAACAAUUUCGUGACCAAAUUGAUAUUUUGAAAUUCGUUGAAGCACAAGGAGUAAAAGCAAGAGAAAAGCAUAUUAAAUUGCCACAAAAAGCUGCUACGUCAAGAAUCAUGCAUAUAUCGAAUGAUGUCACGUCAUCACGAAGAUAA